AUGGAAUGCCAGCUAUUGCACUACGUCACUGUCACAGGGCAGGAGCAUGACCCUUCUCAUCAGCUGCGGAGGAUUUGGGCACCCAGUACACAGUUGAGAGAGGCCCCUGGUGUGUCUCUCUCAGGUGUGUCUCUCUCAGGUGUGUCUCUGUCAGGUGUGUCUCUCUCAGGUGUGGUCUUUCAGGCUGCUGUGGGUCUGAACUGCACCCAGCCGAACACAGAGUCACUGCUGGCUGCUUUCGGACAGAGUGUUUUUAACCUGAGCGCAGUCCGUCCUGUCCAGCACCUGACCAGUCCUACUGUGGUCGGGAUAUUUUUCACAGUCUAUGGCAUCUUGGAUGUAGUAAGUCAACCUUUACAGUUUGCUAAAUAAUGUAAUCCAUGAAAUGGCAAAGUCAUAUUAAAGUCAUAUUGUCAUAUUAUAGAUGAAAAGGCACAGCUGUUGACAACCUUCAUUUGGCUCAGUUUGAGCUGGCAAAAUGAGUUUGUGAGCUGGGAUGUGGAGGAGUGUGGUGUGGAUAAAAUCUCUCUGCCCAGAGUGAACCUCUGGACACCAGAUAUCGUCAUCAGUGAAUUCAUGGAGGCCAACACUGGACCGGACACUUCCUACGUGUAUGUGUUCAGCGAUGGCACAGUGGUUGACAUGGCCCCCGUGAGGGUGGUCAGUUCCUGCAAUCUGGACAUCUACACUUUCCCCUUUGACAUUCAGGAUUGCAUCUACACCUUCAACUCCUACCUGCAUGCAGCUGAUGAGAUUCGCCUGAAUCUUGAGGCCCCUGCUGAGUUCAUCCUAGAGCUGUCCAAUAUGCACAUGGAGAUGAGGGGAGAGUGGGAGCUGAUCAACAUGACGUCAUUCCAACACAACAUCACCAACCCUGCCAUGUGGGAUUAUCUCUACGUUCAUUUGAUCCUGAGGAGGCAGCCCACCCUCUACGUGGUGAACCUGAUCAUCCCCAGCUGUUUCCUCAUCACACUGGACCUGUUCAGCUUCAUCCUGCCCCCACAGAGCGUGGACCGAUCUGCCUUCAAGAUGACCCUCAUUCUGGGCUACACCGUCUUCCUGCUCCUCAUGAACGAGCUGCUGCCCGUCACUGGAAACACCAUUCCACUCAUCAACGUGUUUUUCUCUAUUUGCCUGGCUCUGAUGGUGGCUAGUCUCCUGGAGACCAUCAUCAUCACCAACAUCCUCCACAGCGCCAGGGACAGAGCAGUGCCUCGCUGGCUCCGAGCUCUCGUCUUAGAGUUCAUGGCACACCUCGUCUGUCUGGUCCAGAAGAAAGCAGAGGACCAGGUCGUAGUGAUGCAGAAUCAAAUGGGGACUGUGACUCGGGGUCCAGAUGCAGAUGAAGCAGCUGAUAGUCACCUGCAUCUGCAGAUGUUUCAAAAGGUGGAGAAGGAGCUGCAAGCCAUACGACAACAGAUGGAGAAGAACGUGGCAGUUAACCAGAACACAGAGGACUGGAUGCAUAUUGGCCGAGUUGCCGAUCGGUUCUUAUUCUGUGUCUACAUGCUCUUCAUCACCAUCAGCUUCAUUACUAUUUUAGUCAUAUGGACUCACUGGUACAAGCUCUAAAAGCAGCAGCAUGAUCUGA